AGAAUAAAUAAUCUCAGGUUCAGGUGCGAUGCCAAAUCUUGUGACAACAUCCUGCCCGUGAAGACGGACACGAACGAGUUCAUGGUUCCCUGCACAAAAUGCGGUCAAAGCACCAACAUCCUGAAAGGUCUGAAGUCUCUACAAGACACUGACCAACUUUUCCGAAUAGCUUCGCAAAACCUCGAAGAGGGUCGUCACGACCAGGCCUUGAAAUCAUACUUGGAAAUUCUCAAAUUGCUCGAUGAAAACCUCGCCUUGCCAGUAAAAGAUUACCAUAUCUGCCAGGAGGGCGUUCGGCUCUGCUACCUCACACACGGAAACAACGCUGUAAUUUAGGAAUAAUCUCAACAGAUUAUAGCGGGGUUUAUCGCCGCUACAGUUCUGAAAUUCAACGACCUAAAAAUAAUCGAUAAAUGGCAAAAAUUGUCUCCGGGCCGGGAUUCGAACCCAGGCCGCCGGUAUAUGUAUUAUGCCCGCAACGUUACAAAAUGAAAAAGAAAAAAAACCAUUGACAUCGGUUAUACAUUACAACUUUAUUUUAACCUUACACUUAAGGAGUACAAAAUAAUUAAUACAACACAAAGCACUGAUUUCUGUUUUGACUCUUGUACAUGGUUACGUUUGACGUUCUCAUUCUUUUCUCUGAAGUUAAUUAAACUUGACACAAAUAAA